AUGUGGACUCUGGCAGCCUCAGCCACGGACAAAUAUGAGGGACUACAGGAGCACUUCUACCAGCGUGCGAGAAAGUACGCUCAGAUGGAUGAGAUGAAAGGACACGGAGAGUCUACCAUUACACUGGCGCACUGUCAGGCAUGGAUCCUAAUUUGCACUUACGAGUUCAAACAAAUGUACUUUCCAAGAGCGUGGCUUUCAGCCGGGAGAGCGGUGCGGCUUGCGCAGAUGAUGCAAUUACACCGCUUGGAUGGGAUUGGUUUGGACGUGAAGCAGUGCCUGCCUCCACCGAAAGACUGGACUGAGCGCGAAGAGCGGAGAAGAACUUUCUGGAUGGCUUUCGCUGUUGAUCGCUAUGCUAGUAUUGGUACCGGAUGGCCAAUGAUGAUAGACGAACGAGAUAUCACGACGAACCUCCCCGCAAGUGAAGACGCAUUUGAAAAGAGCAGGCCCAUGCCUACUGGAUCCCUCGACCAAGGUCUUGGUGCGAGUGGCGCCACCGGUUUGCAAGCAAUGGGCGGUGUUGUAUUGACAGCUGCCAUGUUUGGACGGAAUUUACUACACCUCCACCGUCCUGGAGCAGACGAUCACGACGAAGACAUCAACGGUGGCUUCUGGACUCGGCAUCGGAAAAUUGAGCAGAUCCUUCUCCAGACCUCGUUGAACCUACCCGAACAUUUACGCUUGCCUUCUGGUGUUGCAAACCCCAACGUCGUUUUCACAAACAUGUGCAUCCACACAUCUGCCAUUUGCCUGCACCAAGCAGCUAUCUUCAAGGCUGACAAGUACCGACUCUCACCCAACAUCAGCAACGAGAGCAAGAUCCGGUGCGUUUCAGCAGCAGCAGAAAUCGCUUCAAUCAUGCGCAUGAUCAGUCACAUGGACCUAAGCUCAAUGAACCCAUUUAUAUCAUUCUGUGUCUACGUAGCAGCACGAGUCUUCGUUCAGUAUCUCAAGACACGUCCAAAUGAUCAACAAAUGGGUGCUUCUUUGCAGUUCCUAUUGCAAGCAAUGCAAGCUUUACGUCGAAAGAACCCUCUUACCGAGUCUUUCUUGGUUCAGCUUCAACUCGACUUGGAAAGUGCAGGCAUACAGGGGCUACCACAGAAGCCGUACCCGCCUCCUGAUACAUUUCUUGCUACUAUACCCGUCAACACCGAUGGUGUCAGCUGUUCGCCCAUUUUCGAGAUCCGCGAAACGCAGAACCCAAAUGCGCCCAUCAACACCUUCGGCAACACCAACUUCAACACCAACGACCCCUCCUACCAAGCCACCCUAAACGGCAACCUCCGCGGCACGCAAUACUCAAACCCCGCAGCCCAAGCCCCCUUCCACAUCUCCAACAUCAACAGCAUAAACCUCAACAAUGCCCAAAACGCACCCUACAUCCCGCCCCAACAAGUCUCCACAACCCAAGACUUCACCCCCGCCGGCUUCACCUUCCCCGACGACACCGAAAUGGACCUCUCCGGCAGCGGCUCCCGCAGCCAACAAGACCAGCCCAGCCCCGCGACAAUCAGCACCCAGUCCCGCGGUGGCUCAACCAGCCACUCCUCCUACUCGCCCGGCACAAACGAACACAGCCUGCCCUAUCGCUCCAGCCCAAAUCCAAACUCCAAACCCCUGCCCCUCCAGCCGACGAAUUCCUUCCCGCCUUUGCAGGACUUCGACGCCUCGUCGGGUGGACUGGACAUGUUCAGCACGGCGUUUAGUACCAACGGCGUGGCGGGCGAUGAGGCGUUCAAUCACGGUUUUUUGGUGGGGAGUGAUUGGGAUUACACGCAGGGGACCGGGAUGACGCCAAUGAGCGAUGGGGGUUGGAAUCAGAUGCUGGAGAGUGUGACGAUGGGGUGGAGUGAGCAUGGGGGGCAAGGGCAGGGACAGGGACAGUGAGGAUGGAUGGUAGUGAUACCCAGCUUUUGGCGCGUCGAGGGUGUGAUUUAGCGUUAGAUGAGGGCUUUGCUUUGGAUACUUCAUUGCUUGUGUAUAUUUAUGAUGGGAAAUGAAUGGUAUCAUGGUUG